AUGUCACAACCUUAUACAAAUUAUAAGCAUCACAUUGGUAGUAAUCUACCACCAAACUACUCUGUACCAAUCCAUCCAUAUAUGGUUCAACAACCAAUAAUGAUGGAUCAUCCAUCAUUGGUAUAUAGACCAUAUUUUUUUCAAAGUCUACCAACUCAACAACAAUAUUUAAUUCCAUCACCAAGAAAUGUACCACAAAAUGAAGAAUUAUCCUUAUAUAAUUCUCCUGUCUACCCCUGCAGAUCGCCAGUUUUUAACUCUGUCUCCGGAAUUCCAUCACCAAGUCACUCUGGUUCAAACUCUCCAAUUUCCAACGGUUCAAGAUCACCCUGUCUCAGUUCACCAAGAAAUGAUUUGUCCAACAUCUCAGAAGAUGAUGAGGAUAUGCCAUGCUCUCAGUGUUCUCUCAAGAGUUGUGUCCUGUGCAACCGCGGUCGUCCAACCAUGUUGAUGAAAGUGCCAACCUGGGCCUCUAUCAUGAAAGUAGUUCUCUACACCCUACACAUUGAAUUUCCAGACAAACAAUUCUUUAGUCUCAAGGGUGAUGUCUAUGGAUUCAUGGAAUCACAUUGGAGGCGCCUUUGUGUUGACAAGAAAAAGUCAGACAACUGGAGAAAGCAAGUUCAAGAUAUGCUCAGUCACUCAAAGAAUAUUUUUGAGUCUGGCUAUGAAGUUAUUGGACAAAAUGGAUAUUGGCGUUUAAAGAAUGUCCAAGAUCCAUGGGUAAUCCAGACGGCAUCCAAUAACACACCAAGAGGAUCAUCGGAUCAAAACAACAAGAAACGUCAAAUUGAAUCGCCAACCGAUUUCGAUGACGAAGAUACCAGCUCAGUCUCGAGUCAAUCCAAUUCCGAUGAUCUCCCAACACCUCGCAAAGGUAGACGUACCAGUGCCAACAACAGUCCAAGAAACAGAAAGAGAUCUCCGGAAUCACCGACUCAACAAGAAACGAUUGCUCUAAGAGAUGAACUCUUUGUUGUCGUCAAUCAGAUCAACGAUAUGAGAAUGAACAUAUCGAACUCCUCCCACCUCAAUCGAGAGCAAAGAAACAGAAAACUCAAAGAACUCGAAGAAAAUAUGGAAACACUAAACAAAAUCGAAUCGAAAUUGGAAAUCAUUGAAAUGCAAGAUCAAGACUUGAUAUCGAAACCAUCACACUCUAACAAACUAAACAACAACAACAACAACAACGGUAACAUUACGUACAUCGAUGAUCAAUGUCUUAAUAUCUACAAAUCUUUGAUGGAAGAGAAACCUGAAUUUGAAAACAACCAGCAACCAAACAUCUCCAAUCCAACAGUACCCGUUAACCCAAACACCAACAACUCACUCUUAAAUUGGAGAGACUCUUUGUUUCUAGACUUUACCAAGAGACUUCCAAAUAUUAACAACAACACUACUACUCAUCAAUAUCCUGUUUUAUUUAACAACAAUAAGAAAACAGUAUCAACUUAA